AUGGUCCCUGCAGCCCCCUUCCCUGUCCCUGCAGCCUGGAUCGUGGUCUCUGCAUCCUCUGUCUCUGCAACCCUCGUCUCCGUAGCCACAAUCCCAGUAUGUGUCGCGGUCUCUGUCACUCCUUCCUCUUUGGCUAAAUCUUUCUCUUCCUCCUCCUCCUCCUCCUCCUCCUUCAACUUCUCCAGUUCCUCCUUCAGUUUUUCCUCCUCCUCCUCCUCCUCCUCCUCCUUCUCCUUUAACUUCUCCAGUUCCUUCUUCAGUUUCUCCUCCUCCUCCAGUUCCUCCUUCAGUUUUUCCUCCUCCUCCUCCUCCUCCUCCUCCUCCUCCUUCAGUUUCUCCUCCUCCUCCAGUUCCUCCUUCAAUUUUUCCUCCAGCUCCUCCAGUUCCUCCUUCAACUUCUCCUCCUCCUCCUCCUCCUCCUUCAACUUCUCCUCCAGUUCCUCCUUCAACUUUUCCUCCAGCUCCUCUUCCUCCUUCAACUUCUCCUCCAGCUCCUCCUUCCACUUCUCCUCCUUCUCCUCCUCCUUCUCCUCCUCCUCCUCCUCCUCCUCCUCCUCCUCCUCCUCCUCCUCCUCCUCCUCCUCCUCCUCCUCCUCCUCCUCCUCCUCCUCCUCCUCCUCCUCCUCCUCCUCCUUCAACUUCUCCAGUUCCUCCUUCAGUUUCUCCUCCUCCUCCAGUUCCUCCUUCAAUUUUUCCUCCAGCUCCUCCAGUUCCUCCUUCAACUUCUCCUCCUCCUCCUCCUCCUCCUCCUCCUCCUCCUCCUCCUUCAACUUCUCCUUCAGUUCCUCCUUCAACUUUUCCUCCAGCUCCUCUUCCUCCUUCAACUUCUCCUCCAGCUCCUCCUUCCACUUCUCCUCCUCCUCCUCCUCCUCCUCCUCCUCCUCCUCCUCCUCCUCCUCCUCCUCCUCCUCCUCCUCCUCCUCCUCCUCCUUCAACUUCUCCUCCUCCUCCUCCAGUUCCUCCUUCAACUUUUUCUCCAGCUCCUCCUCCUCCUCCUCCUCCUCCUUCAACUUCUCCUCCUCCUCCAGUUCCUCCUUCAACUUUUUCUCCUCCUCCUCCUCCUCCUCCUCCUCCUCCUCCUCCUCCUCCUCCUCCUGUUCCUCCUUCAACUGUUUCCCCUUGUCCUGUUCCUCCUUCUGUUUCUACAACUCCUACUUGUCCUCUCCUACAUCCUCCUGACCCUUCUGCUCCUCCUUCCCCAGCUGCUCCUCCUACUCCUGCACAUUCCGGCUCCACUCCACCGACUCCCUCACUCUCCACUCCCACUGGUGUUCCUAUUCCUUCUCCUUCACUCUCUGAUCCUACUGACCCUCCUAUUCC